CGCGCACUCAGACUGCACAUGCGCAAUAUGUGAAGAAGCUUGCGGGGGCGCGCAUUAGGGCUCUUCCGUAUCCUGUGGUAACGCUUGAGGAGUAAACGUAGUUUGUAUGAGCAGCGGUUUUGUACCGGGACCAUCUCGCACACAUAUAUCGUGGCUGUAGGUGGAGAUGGAGGCCAGCCUGACGUGUGCCGUGUGUCUGAGCGUGUUCCGGGAUCCGGUGACUCUCCCUCUCUGUUCUCAUAACUUCUGUAAGAGCUGUGUGUUAGAAUGUGGUGGGGAGACCCACACCCGGAGCCUGCGCUUCACCCUCCCGGGGCCCGCUCAGGUCACGUGCCCUCUGUGCCGUAAAGUCAGCUCCAUCCCCGGCGGCCUGGCCGUUCUGCCCAUCAAUACCACCCUGGCCGAGCUGGUACGGUUCCUGUCUCUGGGCUCCCGGGAGGAGGGGGCAGGCGCUCAGGAAACCGACUAUAGUGAGAAGGGGGUGGCGGGGCGCUGCCCGGAACACCCCGAACAAAAACUGGAGCUCUUCUGUAAGAACUGUGCUGUCCUCUGCUGUGGGAAGUGUGUGUCCUGUCACCACCAGGGGAUCUUCCACAACGUCAACCUCCUGGACAUGGUCUACCAGGAGGAGAAGCUGAUAUUUUUUAACAGUUUAAAAAAACUCAGAGAAAUGCAUGAAAGAUUUACCAAGAACACAUCGGAUGAUAAGGAUGUAAAGGAUACACUAAAGAAGAACAUUGACGUGGUUAGUUUAGCAUUUGAUGAAGCAUAUAAGGCUUUGGAUUUAAAGAAAAAACAGUGUUUAGAGUUUGCCAAACAGCAACAAACUGCUGCUAUAAAGCGGCGUGAAGUACGCGAGACGGCAAUGGCUCAUCAGAAAGUCACAAUUGAAAGUCUUCUGAAGGAUUGUGAAAGCCUUGUGGAUGAAUCUGAACCAAAAUGCUUUCUUCAGAUGGCUUGCAGUCUAAAUAAAAGAAUGACUUCUAACCUUGACCUGAUGGAACUUACCGCCUCUCAUGAUCAAGAUAUAGUAAAUCCAAAGCCGCCUAUUGUGGAUCUCAAGGCAGUUCUGGAUGCUAUUUCAGCAGUGAAUAUUACGGCAUGCACUUCUAAUGUUUCUCAGCCUAAAUUUAAUGGAAUUUCAUUUAAAACCAUAACUAAAAUAUGGAAUCCUGAACAAACACCCGCUGAGAAAUAUUCUCCUGUCCAAAGUCAAGAGCUCUGUUAUCUUCAAGGUCAGAUACAAAAAUUGGCCAUUCGCUUGUUAUCUAUAACAGAGAUGCCAGAGUAUAAACACUUGAGCUUUGAGGAACUUCGGAUGAAAUAUAUGACGACUCGGUCGUACAGGAAAAUGCUGGGGUUUCUGUUGCGCUGAAGGAAAAGUACAGACUUUGUCUAAUGUUGAAGACGGUCCUACUUGAAAACAGGCGAAGCAACUAGAUUAAGUGCGAAAAUUAGACUUAUUAAAAAUACCCAAGAAAGCUUUGACGAGACUGAGUCAGGAAAUGGAGAUUGCACAGGAGCCUCAAAAGGAUAGUCUAAAAGCUGUAGUUUAAGUUCCCCAACCUAUGGUGCAGUUAGGGCAAAAGAUCCUAGAAGCUGUUCGUUCAAAGAGCAGCAAUAUGACCUGUGCCUUGAUAAUGUUCAGAAAAGAGACUGAUGUUCUGAAGGUUGUUCAAGCUUUU